UAGAAAAUUAAAUUCUUUUUUUAACGGUCUCAAAUAUAAGAGGUUAUUACCAAUAAGUCCAAAGUUAUUAACAACGGAGCGCUCCGGGUGCCAAAAAUCGACCAAAAUUUUUACUUUUUUUUUUAAUGAAAAUGUCAAACAAUCUUAACGUUGGCACCACUAGCAAAUUCAUUGUUUUUGAUUAAUUUUAACACAAGCAUAUUUAGAGACGAAGCACAAAAAUAGGGACGAAUUCGGUACCGUCAACAGUUUUUGGAACUUUAGAGACAAAAAGUUGCAGAAAGUCAAAAAACAUUGAUAAAAGUCAAAAUUUUCACAACAUCUGAAUAUGAAAACAACCAUAAUUUUGUAACAAAAUAUCUAGGAACAAAAACAAAAAUCAAACAAAAUUAUUUGUGGCUAUAGAGGUAAUUUGUCGUCCAUUAAAAAAAAAACAGUUUAGAUUGCCAGGAUUUGUCACUAAUUGUGUGUGGAAAAAACGAAAUUUACAGUGGACAUAAAUAAAUACGACAAGUUGAAAAAUUAAGUAAUAAAACUUUUAAUUUCAAUGAAAGUAACACAAAUAUAAUCAUUUUUUUAAAAUUGCCGCUAGGGUGCCUAAAAUUUAACUUGUGGUUCCACCAACCAGACAACAAUAAAGUAACCAGAAAAUUAAAAUUUGUCAAUAAAAGAAAACGGGAAAAAAUAUAAAUAAUAAAAAUUUGCUUGAGAUAGUACCAUUUCUUAUCACAUAUCUCGCUAUGAUAAACAUUUGUGCGAAACGUCUCUGACAACAAACCGCGACAUUAUCAGUUUUAGAAGGUCGUCACCAGUGUAUCCAAAGUGAACACAAAAGAAGUUAUUUGGGGGGUGUCAUAGUAUGAAAAACAAUGUCGGAUCAAUUAAAUUAGCCUGCGAGUAAGUGUGCAUUCCCAAUUUAUCGAAGAACUCUACAAAAAUGGAGGGUGGACCCAACAUACAAGAAGCAGACGACACAAUAAAUUCCUCCACUGCCGAGGAAGAAGGAAAUUCGGGAUGUUACUACAGCUGUUGUGACCCCAGGGGCAGACUACACCGAUUUAUAGCCCUAAUUUUCAUGUGUUUCCUCGGUUUUGGUUCCUAUUUUUGUUACGACAACCCUUCGGCUUUAGAAGGCCACAUUGAAAAAACCUUAAAUAUAACCGUAACACAAUAUUCCCUACUUUAUUCCAUGUACUCUUGGCCCAACGUUGUGUUAUGUUUCGUCGGGGGUUUUCUCAUUGACCGAGUUUUCGGAAUUCGACUUGGCACCAAUAUUUAUUCGGGUCUCACCCUACUGGGCCAAGUUAUUUUUGCCAGUGGGGCCCUAUUCGAUGUUUUCUGGAUAAUGCUUAUGGGCAGAUUUAUUUUUGGCAUAGGGGCUGAGUCUCUGGCAGUUGCCCAGAACAAUUAUGCCGUAUUGUGGUUCAAAGGUAAAGAACUUAACAUGGUUUUUGGGCUACAAUUGAGUUUUGCUCGGAUUGGUAGCACUGUGAAUUUUCUCGUCAUGGAAUCGAUAUACCAGUGGGUUAAUAAAGAAUACAAAGGAACGGAAUUACUCGGAAUAGUGUUAUUUGUGGCCACUUCGACUUGUCUCUUCUCCAUGCUUUGUGCCCUAGUUUUGGGUUUUAUGGACAAACGGGCUGAAAAUAUCCUAAGACGAAACGAAACCAUAAACCCUGAAGUUGUCAGAUUUACCGACGUUGCCGAGUUUAAAUUCACGUUUUGGCUCAUUGCUGUCAUCUGUGUUUCGUAUUACGUCGCUAUUUUUCCUUUUAUUGCUCUAGGAAAAGAUUUAUUUAUUAAAAAAUUCCACAUGAGUAAACAAGAGGCGAACACGAUUAAUAGUCUCAUUUAUUUAAUAUCAGGAGUGGCUUCGCCCCUCGUGGGGCUUUUUAUAGAUAAAGUUGGCAAAAAUAUUUUAUGGAUUGUGCUAGCGAUUUCAGUGACGAUUGGGUCACACACUUUAUGGGCUUUUACCGAUGUCAACGCCUACGUAGGAAUGGUUAUCUUGGGACUUGCAUACGCAUGCUUGGCUAGUAGUUUAUGGCCUUUGGUCUCUUUGAUAAUUCCUGAGUAUCAGUUAGGAACAGCUUACGGCGUUUGCCAAGCUGUUCAAAAUCUUGGUUUGGCCGUUUUCACAAUAGUUGCUGGACACAUUAAAGACACCUACGGCUAUAUCUGGCUUGAAGUGUUUUUUAUUUGCACACUAAUAGUCGCUUUAGUGUUCACUCUUGUUUUAUGGUUGGUUGACAUGUACCACAGAGGUGUGUUGAAUAUGACUCCCGGGAAUCGAGUAGCGCAUCAAGAGAGGCUAUCAAGCGCCGCAGACGCAGAAAAACAAAGACUCUUAUCUUCUGAAGCGGGCUCAAGUAAUGACAAUGAUAAUUUACAACCGAGCUCGGAUUUUGAAAUUAGGAAUCGGUAUUUGUCCAGGAUUGGAGCUCCUUUACCUGAUCAUUAUUCUAUACAAAACAAAGGACUCUCUUACAGAGCAUUGAGAUAAAUCUUUCCUAACAUUUUGUGAUCAAAUCAAGUGAUGAAAGACAAGACUAAUAUUGAAUACAAAAAAUAUUUGACAAUUCUGUUAUGAUCAAGGCAGAAUUUCAAACAAAGUGUAUUGUGAUACAUAUCGUAAGAUAUUAAUUAAAGCCAUGUAAUUUGUAACAUUUUUACCGUUUUUUUUUUCUCAGUUGUAUACUCCUCAGAGCAAUAUAUUUAUGGUUAGUUAAUGAAUGUAAUGUUAUUUUACAAUAAAGUAUAUUUAUCUAUUUUCUACUCCA